UUAAAAGAUGAGUAGUGGAACGCAAGCUAAAAUUAUGCAAAUUAUGUUGGUGUUAUUCAUGGUCAGACAUUUUCAUCAUAAACAUGUGUCGAAAUGAACUUGAAUGUGUAUUCAGGUUGUCUUUUAUUUUGAAGGUGUAGGCGGAUGUAGCAGGUUGGCCUUGUGAAGCGUGCAUGUGUGUGUGUGUGUGUGUGUUAGAUGUAAGAACGGGAGAGCCGAGUCUUCACAUCGCAUUGGAGACCGAAAGGAGGAGGAAGCCUGUGGAGUUUCACCUCAGGAGACUUCUCUUCAUCGGGAAUUCUCAAGUAAGCCAAAAAACCUCGAAAAAACUCUCGUCUUUUUUUUUUUUUUAAGUUUACCGCUCUGCCUGCUUGUAAAUCUCUUGCAACUUGGUUCCCAGCCUGCGGCUCCCAGGACACUUGUUGAGCUUGUUGUUUUCUUGUUUUGUCUCCGUGCCCCCCCACCCCUCACCCCCAACCCCCUCUGGGGAGGCGACUUACUCUGCUUGAUGUUGCCUGACUGAUAGGUAGCUCCAACGAUGCUUGUUUUUCUUUAACCCUUACAUGCAUGACUGACUGGACCCUACACUCUUCCAUAAGCUAGAAUCAAUGCUUUUCUAUGCCAAUUUUGCUAUUUUUGGUUAGGAAUAAUCACUUGUAUGAUACUUAGUAUUAUAUUUAGGACCACACAAGAAUUAUUUCAUGUUAGAAACAUCUUAAUUUUUCACUUUUUUUCCAUCUUUGAAAAACAAAGUGACCCCGUACAACAAUAGAAAAUGUGAGGAUCCAUUGUGUGUUGCAUAAAGGUAAGUUAAAAAUGUGAAUGGCAUGAUUUUUUGAGGAAUACUUGGAAUAUGAAAUGAUAAUUUUUUUCAUUAUGAAGAUAUUUCAAGAAAACAACCUGACCGGGUCAUUUUUGACCCACUUAAUGGAAGGUUGGGGUAGUAACAAAAACACAAAAAAUUCUUAAAAUGUAUAAAAGGUCAUUUAAAAAUGUGAAUGGCAUGAUAUUAAAAACAUGUUUUUUGAGGAAUACCUGGAAUAUGAAAUGAUAAAAAAAAUGUCAAUUACGAAGAUAUUUCAAGAAAACAACCUGACCGGGUCAUUUUUGACCCACUUAUGGAAGGUUGGGGUAGUAACACAAAAACUAAAAUUUCUUAAAAUGCAUAAAAGGUAAGUUAAAAAUUUUGAACGCCGUGAUAUCAAAAAUAUGUUUUUUGAGGAAUACCUGGAAUAUGAAAUGAUACAUUUUUUCAUUACGAAGAUAUUUCAAGAAAACAACCUGACCGGGUCAUUUUUGACCCACUUAUGGAAGGUUGGGGUAGUAACACAAAAACUAAAAUUUCUUAAAAAUUAUAAAAGGUAAGUUAAAAAUGUGAAUGGCAUGAUAUCAAAAGUAUGUUUUUUUGAGGAAUACCUGGAAUAAAUACUUUUAUUCUUUAUCUUGUCCAUUUCUGAUGGGGUUUUUUUGCAAUUAUUUCAACCUUGCUAAUGUAGAUUUUCUUGUUGUAAGGAUUACGUUUUUUUUUUUUACUUUUUAAAAAAAAAAUUACUUUAAUUUUUUUUAACUUUUUUAUUUUAUUUUAUUUUUUACUUUUCCUGAACCUAAUUUUCUUUGUUGUUUCUCACGUCUCCUUUUGGACAUUUGGAAAUGUGGCUUGUUGUAAUUUUUCCAAACAUUUUUGCUUUCCUCUUGGAAAUAUUGUCCUUAUAAUUAUGACUUUAUAUAAUUUUUUUUCUCUAUUCGGACUUAAAAAUAACAGCAUUAUAAAUAAGCUUAUUUCUGUUAUUGUGUUAGUUUGACGUUACGAUUGUAAGAUUUUUUUUCAUUUUUGUUGCCGUUUUUUUGUAUUUUAGGUUUCUUUAAUUUUUUAUUAUUUUUUUUAUGAAAAAAAUGAUACAUUUUAGAAUGUGCUUUGGGCCAAAAUGUAGCGUAACACAAAGCUGCUAAGUCUAUUUAAUGACGGCCGUCCAAUUCAGUCACUUGUCACACAGACUGCUGUUCUUAAUAUUUUGGCUAUGAUAUGACGAACACCUCUGUGUCGGAACCGAGCAUCGCUGUCUCUGUAAUGGUUCAUUUUAUGGUGCAAGUCUUAUUCCGGAUUGAAUUCCUAUCGACUACAACCACGUCUCCCUUUGAGUCCUACAGACUUCCACCCCCCACCCAACCUGUCUUCGGAUGCAUGCGGGUCCGGUUGCAGGAUGGAGAAGUAUGAGAAGAUCGGCAAGCUCGGCGAAGGUUCGUACGGCGUGGUCUUCAAGUGCCGGAACAGAGACACGGGCCAGAUUGUGGCCAUCAAGAAGUUUGUGGAGUCCGAGGACGAUCCCGUGAUCAGGAAGAUCGCACUGAGGGAGAUCAGGAUGCUCAAGCAACUCAAACACGCCAACCUGGUCAAUCUCAUCGAGGUGUUCCGACGCAAGAGGAAGCUGCACCUCGUCUUCGAGUACUGCGACCACACGCUUCUCCACGAGCUGGACCGACACCCCCGAGGCGUUCCCGAGCACCUGGUGAAGAGCAUCACCUGGCAGACGCUCCAAGCCGUCAACUUUUGCCACAAACAAAAGUGUAUCCACAGAGACGUGAAGCCAGAGAACAUUCUCAUCACCAAACAGCAGGUCAUCAAGCUGUGCGACUUCGGCUUCGCCAGGAUUCUCACCGGGCCGUGCGACUGCUACACCGACUACGUGGCCACCCGCUGGUACCGGGCCCCCGAGCUGCUGGUGGGAGACACGCAGUACGGCCCCCCCGUGGACGUGUGGGCCAUCGGCUGCGUCUUCGCCGAGCUCUUAUCGGGAGCCCCCGUGUGGCCCGGGAAGUCUGACAUGGACCAGUUGUACCUGAUCCGCAAGACCCUGGGAGACCUGAUCUCUCGACACCAGCAGGUUUUCAGCAACAAUCACUUCUUCCACGGCCUCUCCAUCCCUGAACCUGCGGAGAUGGAACCGUUUGAGCUGAAAUAUCCGAAUCUGUCACAUCAAACCUUGAGUCUAAUGAAGGCGUGUCUGCGGAUGAACCCGUCGGAGCGUCUGACGUGCGAGCAGCUGCUGCAGCAUCCUUACUUCGACAGCCUGCGAGGGAAAAGCCAGGGCGGCGGCCGGGAGCAGGAGCGCCAUGGCAACAGGAGGACACGCCUGCCACGCAAACACCAAUGUACAUUCCACUCGUAUUCUCUGCAGUGUUUGCCUCAGCUGACUGGCAGCAGCAUCUUCCCAGUGCUAGACACCAAGAAGUACUACCACAACCUGCGCAAGUUCAACUACCACCUCCCUAACAUUUAGACGUGGGACUUCCAUCCACACGCAGGCCAAAACACUCAGGAAAAGAAGCUGAGCUGCAUGAGGGAAUUAUGACAUCACACCGAUGAAUACAAUAACCCAUCUUUUUUUUUUUAAACGCUGCAAUGAGGCGAGAAUACCCAUACCCCGCCAUUUUGAAUGCUAGUUGUACCCAAUGCUCCACAAUAAGUAAGGAGGGGGGAGGGCACACCGGCUGCUCGGAGCGUGUGCCCGAAUACAGUACACCAUCUUGGGCAACGCCAGGUGGCUCCCGCCACUCGUUACUCUGGUCCUCCCGACAUCCGUAGCGGCGCACCAGCUGCUCUGAGCAUGUGCCCGAAUACAGUCCACCUUCUUGGGCCACGGUAGGUGGCUCCCUCCGCUCUUUAUUCCGCUUCUCCUGACCUCCAUAGCGGCACACCGGAUGCUCGAGCUUGUGCCCGAAUACAGUGCACCUUGCUGGGCCACGUUAGGUGGCUCCCUCUUUACUCUGGUUCUCCCGACCGCCAUAGCGGCACACCGGCUGCUCGGAGCGUGUGCCCGACUACAGUGUACCUUGCUGGGCCACACCAGGUGGCUCCAUCCGCUCUUUACUCCGCUUCUCCCGACCUCCGUAGCAGCACAUCGGCUACUUGGAGCGUGUGCCCGAAUACAGGGCACCUUACUGGGUCACACCAGGUGGUUCCCACCGCUUCUCCCGACCUCCGUAGCGGCACACCAGCUGCUCGGAGCAUGUGCCCGAAUACAGUGCACCUUGCUGGGUCACACCAGGUGGCUCCCUCCGCUCUUUAUUCCGCUUCUCCCGACCUCCGUAGCGGCACACCAGCUGCUCGGAGCGUGUGCCCGAAUACAGCGUACCUUACUGGGUCACACCAGGUGGCUCCCUCCGCUUCUCCCGACCUCCGUAGCAGCACACCGGCUCUUCUGAGCAUGUGCCCGAAUACAGUGCACCUUCUUGGGACACGUUAGGUGGCUCCCUCCGCUCUUUAUUCCGCUUCUCCCAACCUCCGUAGCGGCACACUGGCUACUCGGAGCAUGUGCCCGAAUACAGUGCACCUUGCUGGGCCACUUUAGGUUGCUCCCUCUGCGAUUUACUCCGCUUCUCCCGACCUCCGUAGCGGCACACCGGCUGCUCGGAGCGUGUGCCCGAAUACAGUGCACCUUGCUGGGUCACACCAGGUGGCUCCCUCCGCUCUUUAUUCCGCUUCUCCCGACCUCCGUAGCGGCACACCAGCUGCUCGGAGUGUGUGCCCGAAUACAGCGUACCUUACUGGGUCACACCAGGUGGCUCCCUCCGCUUCUCCCGACCUCCGUAGCAGCACACCGGCUCCUCUGAGCAUGUGCCCGAAUACAGUGCACCUUCUUGGGCCACAGUAGGUGGCUCCCUCCGCUCUUUAUUCCGCUUCUCCCGACCUCCGUAGCGGCACACCGGCUGCUCGGAACGUGUGCCCAAAUACAGUGCACCUUGCUGGGCCACUUUAGGUUGCUCCCUCUGCGAUUUACUCCGCUUCACCCGACCUCCGUAGCGGCACACCGACUGCUCGGAGCAUGUGCCCGAAUACAGUGCACCUUGCUGGGUCACACACCAGGUGGCGCUCUCCGUUCUUCACGUAGUUAUGUUCUAAUUCUAAAUAUUCUAAGUCAACAAAUCCAAAUGUGUUCCAGUCCUUAUUACCUCCAGGCAUGCAAAAACGAUAUUUCAAUCUAAUCGGUAAAAAGGUAGAUAAAUGUUAUCGGUAUCAUAUUGGUCUUGAGUAGGGGAAAGUGAUAUCGUACAUCUCUAGUCUAGAUGAGUACACACAAGGAGCGAUGCCAUGCUCUGCUUGUUAAAAAAAAAAAUAUAUAUAUAUGGAAGGGUUUUUUUUGCCAAAAUUCUCCUUCUGUACCACGACGAACUCCAUAGGAGUGAAAAACAGCUUGAAAUAUUUAUUGACAUGAAAGAGUAAUAUUGAUAUUCCCACAUGAUGGCGUUGGUGCUAUGGAUGUUCACAGCCAUUCGUCUUACAAAUGCCAAAUUCAUCUUUUCAAAAAAUGACAAAGCCCAAAUAUGGAGCAAACAUGAUGAUUGUUGAUGACAAAUAAAAUGGCGUCAACAAUAUAAAGUGCAGUUUGAGUUGAUAGUUUCCUUUGAAGCACUUCUUCUCAGUCCAGGUCCAGGUGUAAAUCCAGACGUGGAAGCGCCGUCCUGAGCCGGUCUACUGUGGUCUCUUUGUCUUUGACACCGGGCAGGUCGCUGAGGAACAGAUACUCCAGAUUCCUGCGCACACAAACGCAGCACACACUACAGACAGUGCAGAGCGAUGUGGAAAAAUACCAAAACAGCCGAGUCGGACCUGAGUUUGUGCAGAGCGACGAGACCCUUGUCGGUGAUGUUGCCGCACGACACCACCUCCAUCAUGAACAAGCUCUCCUGAAGGUUCUCCAGCGAGCUCAUCCUCUCCAGACACGCGUCUUCCAUGUACAUGCACUUGUUGAAUUUCAUCUCCUCCACGUGUUUCAAACCGUCUGCACAUCAAAGCACGUCAAGGCCCAAAUAUUCCGACUUACAGACUUAACGAUGGCACACACCGAGAUAGUCGAAGCCUCUGUACAUGAUGCACGACUCGGUUGCGUCGAUGGACUCGAUCUUGUAUCUGCCCAGGGGUCCGGUGGGCAGCGCGUUGUAGUCUUGAUGAAAGCGCUCAAAGCCUUGGAAGCGCACUUUGGCGCCGCAUCGCAGCAACCACUCGGCCGCCGCUCGGUCCGGCCCGACGGCUUUGAUUCGCUCGUAGUCCACCCUGAACACGGUGAAAACUUUUAUUUCAAGUUUAGCCAGGAAAGAAAUCAAACAGCAGUCUGACAUAUUUCCUAUAUUAUUAUUGUAAAUAAAUUUGUGUAUGUAACUGCACAUGAUUUAUUAAUAACAAAUGAAAUUCCUAUAACUACAAAACCCUAGUACAUCGCAAUUUGACAAUACUAAAUAAUACCACAAAGCUUACACUGCCAAAGAGUGAUGGAGUAUUGACCGAGUUGUUCAAAACUGGUGAGUUAAAAACUGGUCUGUUUGUUCGCUAACGCCGCAUGAGGUUGCCCACAAGUGAAUCUGAAGCUGGCGUGGGCUCAUGGGUUUUUAAUUGGACUUCUCAGGUGUUGAAAACGAGCAUUGAAUCCUACGUCGCCGCCAUAUUGGAUGUGGCAAGAGAGAACGGUGAAGAUGCUUAUGGAAUUGCACCAACCGGCUUCCAGUUUGAUUGUAUUGUGGCUAUAAUAACAUUAUUUUACUUUGAGGGCAUAAUGGCGUGGCGUAAUACUGUGGAUUCCUGCAGUGAAACCAGCCUCCAAAUGUAGA